CGUCCUCUGUUCCUCUCCUCAGUCGCUCGCUAGUGUGUGCGCGUCGGCCGCCGGUAGUGGCUGUUGAGAUUGUGAUUGGUACUUUUUUUUAACGUUAUUCUUCCUCUCAGUGACAACCUUGGAUAUAUGGAAUACUUGCUGGAUUAUGGGCGUUGGUGAGGGAAGUAUUGGCGUGUGUGGAGAAGACGCCCGUGUGUCGUCUAGGCAGUGUUAACAAGACAACCAUAAACAAUAUCAGCAGGUGGCACGUCGAGCGACCUCUAGGUAAUUACAUCUCCAAGUUGUCUGCCAACCCAGGAGCGGGUGUUAGAUGUGACAGAGCAUGUCGAAGGAUCCAUACUAUCAGUUUGGGCAGUCAGGUGAUAAAGAUGUGGAAGGCUUUACCCUUCCAUCCUUCCUAACAUCAUCCUACUGGUAUGAUGCCAACUCAUCUGUGGGCAACUCUGUAUAUUCCAGCAGUGAGAUGCCUGGGACUCCAUACAAAGGCCAGCAAGAUACUGAUGCCAAGUUAACAGACAGUGAAAAAGAAUUUUUAGAUUGGUGGACAGAUGGCCAAUGCAUGGGAAAUCAGCAAAAAACUUUUGAUGGCCAAUAUAAGGGAGGACAUCCUAUUAAAGGAGGAUACAUGCCACUGUGUGAACUUGCGGGUGCAGGGCCAGAGUUUGAAUCCUCUGGCCAGCAGUUAGUAUUACUGAAUUGCAAUGCUGGAGACAUUCAGGAGGGCUACAUUAGUCCAGAGUUCACAAAAAGUGUGGACAUGCCAAGAUAUGACCAAGAUGAACAUUCUAUAUGCUCAGAGUCCAUUAGCACUUGUAGUCAAGAAUAUUCUCCGGCAAGCAUCAACAAUACAACCUUUAAUAAUAAAAAACACAGCCCAGAACCAUUACCAACAACAGAUGAACAAAAAAGAAGUCAAAAGCGUCAGAAGAAAAAUGAAACCAAAGAGAAAUCCAAGGGAGAAAAACGAUGUGGAGUGUGUGGGGAUGGAGCAAGAAGUAUGCACUUUGGAGGGAUGGCAUGUGACUCCUGUAAAGCCUUUUUCAGACGAUCAGUGCAAAGUGGUGCUUACAAAACUUUCCAAUGUCCUGAUACUGAAACUUGUACCAUCUCAAAACAAAACCGAAAAAUUUGUCAGUAUUGCAGAUUUAAGAAAAGUCAAGAAAAUGGCAUGGAGAUCAAUUGGGUGAUGUCAGAAACUGACCGUAUGAUGCUCUGGAAGAACAGACUGGCUAAACAACGCCACGUCCAGGAGGAAAAAAUGAAAGAAAAAGUGUAUGGUGAUUUACCACGAUCACUGGACCCUGUGGAAGCUGAUGUGCUGAAAAAUUUAACAGCUCUUCAGGACUCUACAUUCAUGUCCAUUCCUUAUCCAGAGGACUGUUAUGGUGACAGUGUAGAAGCAUUAGCUAACCUUUUUGUUUGCAUUUGUAAAAAACUUGGGAUGUUCUUUCAGAAAGUUGAGGACUUCCAAAAUGUUUGUAAGACAGAUCAGUCCAUUUUACUUAAGAAUGGGAUUGGCAUGUCAAUAUAUCUCCACGGUGCAUAUAUGUAUGAUUAUGAAAAUGAAAUGUGGCCAGCUGAAUGUAAUAAAGACGCCCUGAAAAUUCCCCCAGUUACCUUGGCCACACUUCAGAAAUUCACAGUUCUACCAGAAGCUUUUGAAGCCAUUAUGAAAUUCUACAACAAGUAUGCUCGGGAACUGAAGGAUGAAAUAAUUUUAGCACUGAUUUGUGUAAUUGCUUUCUAUCAACCAGAUGACCCCCAGUUUCGAUAUCCAGACAAAAUUCAGGAGAUUCAACUAAAGUAUCUAGAAUUUCUUCGACAUUACCUAAAGGCUAAGGAGGGUGAAAUUGGUGUAAAAGUAACUUUUCCAAGACUUCUUGUUGGACUUGCAGAUGUUAGAGAGAUUAUAGAAUUUCACAGUAAAGUAGAUAUCAAGCCAACUAUUAAUCAUCAGCAAAUUUCUACACAUUCGACAGUCAAGAAUCAGAUGUCGGCAGUGAAUGAGCUAUUCAAAAAGGCUUCUCAAGGACUUCUACCAGAAUUUUCUUCGGUUUUAACUGCCUCUGAAAAAAGGCAGCCAAUUUGGCAAAGCACGACUGCAGUUGGAAAAAGAAAACAACAAACUUCUGGUAUCAUUGUCCGUGGAGAUCAGUUUUACCAUCCUCAAACUAACCAGAUAUUUGGUGUGGACCCCAGAACUGAUAUGAUCAUCACAAAUCCAAUGGAACAGAUUGAAGAAUUUAUAAAGGUACAUAAGUUGCCCAGUGUAAAAAUUAAUGAAGUUUUAGAUUACAAGGACGACUUUAGAAGUAACAGAAACCACAAUAAAAGUAUGUUAGACAGAGAAUCUGGAAGAACAACAAACCCUGCUGCUCUGUGCCAUUCUGCCAAACAAUUACAGCUCAUGUCCAGUGAUAAAAAUGGAGCGUGUGGUCGGUCUGCUUCAAUAGACAAAAGGAGAGCAGUUGAAGUUCUGUGUGAUAUUUUACAGCAUAUUUCCUGUGCUGAUAAUGAAGACUUAAUUCAGUCAUUAAAACAAAAUUUGUCACCACAUCUUUUGACAAAUUUAGCUCAAAAGUUAUCACCAUCAUAGCAAAUAGUGUAAAGGUACUUGACAUUUAUGAUGAUAUUUUGCUGAAACUGAAAUUUCAGUGAAGCAUUAUGCAAACUAAAAUGCAAUAAAACACCACAAAAUACUGAUAUUCUUAAAUCUUUAGGUCAUCAAAAUUUAAAUCUCAAACUUUUGUGUACAUAUUAUUGGGAAUAUCACUCUGGGGGUUACAUCAUCAUGUCCCUAUGAUGUCAGUGUAGUGUUAAACUGCUUAUUUUAUGUAACAGGUAAGUUAUGAUGCAAUUACUUUAUACAAAUGUAAAUUACAUUGUAUGCUUGCACAUGUAUGGUACAUACCAGGGUAGCCCCAGGCAGGGCAGCUUCGGUUUUAUGUUUUGCAAAUUUAGAAAGGUAGUUGAGGGUUCAUUUUUAAGACGAGCUUUCAGUACUUAACCUCUCUAUUAAAAUUGUGUUUUGUCUACCAAUGUUACAGGAUAGUGAAUAAUAUUAAUACAUACCGGUAUUGCUUCCUAUAUGUUCCCUUCAACUUCAUCUAAUGAAAAGAAAGAUUUAUUUUGCAAAAGAAGAAUGCAAAGAACUUUUAUGUACAUGUUUUGCAAGACAUUAUGAAUUUGUUUUGAAAUUAUUUACACCACUGUGCAUCAUUAUACUGUACAGUACUGUAUGGAUGCAGUACCAUGCUAUACUCUCACUGGAUAUUGCUCUUAAUUUCCAUGUACAUUACUGAACUCUACUGUCCUCCAUGCAAAUACAUUUAUUUAUAUAAAUGAUAAAUAUAACAAGGAAAAUGUGCAGCACUGAUAUAGAAUUUUAA